AUGACAGAAUUGACACAAAUGACCAAUCAAUUUAGGAAAUAAUUCAAAGAUGUCUAUAUACAAUUAUAGAACUAUUUUGAAUAGGUUUUUAAAAAAAUGGAUCAAGAAAUUAAAAUAUUAGAAAAUAUGACUCACCAACUUUAAAACAAAGAGUAUUUGGCUUUGAAGUCAUAAAUACAUAUAAUAAAAUAGUUUUACUCGAAGGAAAAAGAAAUAUGCAAAUGUAUCUUUUUCAUAUAUAUUAAUAAUAGAAUAACAAAUAAUAGAAUUGAAUAAUAUUCUUGAUACAUUAAAAAAGAUGUUACCAGACCAAACUAAUGUGGAAGAAUAAAGAGAUUCUAGUUGUCAAUAGGAUACUAAAGUGGAAUAAAUUAAUUAGUAUGCUGAAGAUAAAAACAACAAAGUCAAUUUUUAAGAGGCUGAAAAAUUAUUAAAUGAAGGUAUUAUCAAUUUAAUUUCUUCAUAGGUGUGGCUUUAAGAAAAUUAAAUAAGUAUUAGGAAGCAAUUGAAUGUUACGACAAAACAAUUUCUAUUAAUCCUAAAUAUUAUAAAGCAUGGAAUAAUAAGGGUAAGUAAUGUGACAUAUUAUUAUUGUUUAGGCAUGGCAUUAGAUAGUCUUAAUAAGUAUUAAGAAGCAAUUGAAUGUUACGACAAAGCAAUUUCUAUUAAUCCUAAAUU